AUGGCGGCGCCCGUCGGCCCGUUGAAGUUUUGGAAACCCGGCACAGAAGGCCCAGGGGUUAGCCUGUCCGAGGAGAGACAGAAUCCUAGUGAAAGCUCUGGGGUUUCUGUCAUCUAUAAUCCCUAUGCUUCCUUUUCUAUUGAACAGCAGAGACAAAAGUUACCAGUUUUUAAGCUUAGAAAUCACAUCCUUUACCUGGUAGAGAACUAUCAGACACUGGUAAUUGUUGGAGAAACAGGAUGUGGGAAAAGCACACAGAUUCCUCAAUAUUUAACAGAAGCUGGGUGGGCUGCUGAAGGAAGAGUUGUGGGAAUAACGCAGCCUCGGCGAGUUGCUUGUGUUUCAAUUGCAGGCCGGGUAGCUGAGGAGAAGGGUGCCCUGCUUGGUCAUGAAGUUGGAUACUGCAUACGAUUUGAUGAUUGCACUGACCCACAGGCUACAAGAAUUAAGUUCCUGACUGAUGGGAUGCUGGUGAGAGAAAUGAUGGCUGAUCCACUAUUAACAAGAUACAGUGUGAUCAUGUUGGAUGAAGCCCAUGAAAGAACCUUGUAUACAGACAUUGCCAUUGGCUUAUUAAAAAAGGUUCAGAAGAAACGAGGGGAUCUUCGUCUAAUUGUAGCAUCAGCUACACUGGAUGCAGAGAAAUUUAGGGAUUUCUUUAACCAAAAUGAGACCAGUGACCCAAGCAAAGAUACCAGCAUGAUCCUUACUGUGGAAGGGCGAACAUUUCCAGUGGAUGUCUUCUACAUUCAGAGUCCUGUUCCAGAUUAUGUAAAAUCAACUGUGGAAACAGUCAUGAAAAUUCAUCAGACAGAAGGCGAUGGAGAUAUACUGGCAUUUUUAACUGGCCAGGAGGAAGUGGAAACGGUUGUUUCUAUGCUGAUAGAACAGGCGCGGAUCCUUGCUCGCACAGGGAUGAAGAAACACCUCCGUGUACUCCCUAUGUAUGCUGGGUUGCCUGCUUCUGAGCAGAUGAAGGUGUUUGAGAGAGUGUCUCACAAUGUCAGAAAGGUAAUUGUAGCCACCAAUAUUGCAGAAACAUCCAUCACAAUUAAUGGGAUUUCAUUUGUGAUUGACUGUGGCUUUGUGAAGCUCCGUGCCUAUAAUCCAAAAACUGCCAUUGAAUGUCUUGUGGUUGUCCCCGUAUCAAAGGCAUCUGCCAACCAGAGGGCAGGGCGUGCGGGCAGGAACCGCUCGGGAAAAUGCUACAGACUUUACACAGAGGAGGACUUUGAGAAGUUGCCACACUCCACAGUUCCAGAGAUGCAACGCAGUAACCUGGCACCAGUCAUCUUACAGCUUAAGGCUUUAGGAAUCGACAAUGUGCUUAGAUUCCCUUUCCUCUCACCUCCACCGGCUCAGUCAAUGGUGCAAGCAUUGGAGCUACUCUAUGCAUUAGGAGGGCUUGAUAAAUAUUGUCGUCUCACAGAGCCUCUUGGAAUCAGGAUAGCAGAGUUUCCUUUGAAUCCAAUGUUUGCAAAAAUGCUACUGGAGUCAGGGAAUUUUGGUUGCUCCCAGGAGAUUCUGAGUAUUGCAGCCAUGAUGCAGAUCCAGAAUAUCUUUACAAUUCCUCCAAAUCAAAAGUCACAAGCUAUCAGAGAACACAGAAAGUUUGCAGUGGAGGAGGGUGACCACCUCACUAUGCUGAAUGUCUAUGAAGCCUUUAUAAAACACAACAAGAGUCCUCAGUGGUGUCAGGAUCAUUUCCUGAAUUACAAAGGUCUUAUCAGAGCCACAACUGUGAGAGAACAGCUGAAAAAACUUCUUGUCAAGUUCAAAGUACCAAAAAAGUCCAGUGAAGGUGAUCCAGACCCUGUUCUGAGAUGCAUAGUUGCUGGAUUCUUUGCCAAUGCAGCCAGAUUUCACUCUACUGGAGCAUACAGGACUAUUCGUGAUGACCACGAACUGCAUAUCCACCCCACCUCAGUAUUGUAUGCAGAGAAACCACCUCGUUGGGUCGUCUACAAUGAAGUUAUCCAGACCUCUAAGUAUUACAUGCGAGAUGUGACAGCUAUUGAAUCAGCUUGGCUAUUGGAAUUGGCCCCUCACUUCUACCAGCAAGGAACGCAUCUUUCUCUGAAAGCCAAAAGAACUAAAGUCGAUGACCACUGACUCUCCACGGCUGUUGAGCUUCGCGCUGCGUGAUGCUGAACCUGCUGCCGAAUUGACACUGUGCUACAGACCCAUCACACGAUUAGUUAAUUAGCAACCUGACCCCACAUCAGAUAUACAUGUCAAAAUGCCUGCCUGCCAGGAUCCUGUAGGGAUUUAUGCAUGACCAAAUACAUUGUAACACUUAACGUAGAGCUUGCAUUGUGGACAUUUUAUCCCUCAGUCUUAAUUGUAACCAUUCCUGUUUACCACGGGUCACCUUGGCUCCUUUUAAAACUAGGUAGAAAAAUUAGCAGUACAAAAGGAGACAUACAAAAUGAUAGGAAAUCUUGCAGUUGCUUGGGUAACCACACUGAGCCCUUUGGGCUGGGGAAGUGGAGCUCAGGAUCCUUUUAGACCACUGUGAAAGCUGCUGGCUAUCCUUCGCCUGCCCGCAAACUGGAGACAGGUUUGGGACCACAAGCAAAGCCUUGAAAUACCUUUAAUGGGUUGCAACGAAAACCUUGAAACUGUGAUUGUGCCUAACUGCUGUGAUUUUAUUUCACUUUUUAUCGUCGUUGCUCUGAAGCAAUAGAAUUCUCAUCUAUUACCGACUUUCCUUGUCUUGCUCCUCUGCACCUUUUCUUUGGCUUUGCUUUUUAGACAGCAUCUGUAAUUUCCAAACACACCCGAAUGUUUACUUACACUGAACUCCCCAUGUAGUUCAAGCUAUUUUAGGAAGGGGUUAAUAGGGCAGGAUAU